AUGUGUAAGAGCAUUAAUGCUUAUUUUGAGAGAAGGUGGGGCCGUGGUUGGGGGGGUAUCCCGCCCGAAAUGCCACCCACAUCCCGUACGCCGAAACAUGGUCUCAGAGUAAACCUGGUUCUUGAGGGCACAGAAGCCUACGUCAACGUCCUUAGCGAGACAAGGACGCAGAAAGCGGCAAUAUCCGAUGGUGCACCCAAAACUGUCUUUCGAGGGAAAUAUAUCGUUCAUAUCAGGGUGAUCAAGAUCUGCGGGGGAAAUCUCCUCCCAUCCAUCCACCCCUUCCCCGCUCUGAUACAAUUCGCUUCUCGUCGUCAUCGAGUACGACAAGUACAUCCUGCCCUUCGCGCCGCUCGCAGACCACGACACGCCAUCGCAAAGGAAAAUUUGGUCCUUCUGCUCAUGGGCAACUCCAUCGUUGCGAUGUUGGCAGACGUAUGCAUAGGCAUGGAAGAUUGUGGCUGCGGAACGAAGAUUUUUCGAUAUCGUGGUCUUGAACUUGGAACUUUUGGGGGAUGGAAAUGUCGGCUAAAAUGGGCGUAUAGGCAUGGUCUCUGGAUGAAGAAGGGUAGGAGGGCCGAGAAUACACCACCUUUCAUUCAAGCCAAGGGACUAUUCUUUCAAAAUUAUGGCAUACUUCCCUCCAUCAGCAACAAUCCCACUCUCGACAGCGUGGGUAUGCGCUUCCGUUGCGUCGAGCAGAGCGAGUUCGUAAAGAGGAUCUCAAGUUUUGAUGUAAAUUUUUGGAUGGAAACACGGUGGCCAAGUCAUGCCAACGACGCGCACGCACACGACUGCACUGAGAUGGGGAAGCCAAUCAAGCGGGUACAUGAGGCUAGAGGCUCACUGUCGACAGCGCCAUUGUCAAUACGCACAAAACCUGUAGCGUACCCGAUGAACGACGGAAUUAAUGGGGUGAUUGACGAUCGAUAG